CAUCACUGUCUUCCGAGUGGUUGCACUGCCCUCGCUCUCUCCCGUUGAAAACACAGCAGCAGCAAUCAUGGACAUUACCAUCCAGCACCCCUGGUUCAAACGUGCUCUGGGACCCCUGAUUCCAAGCCGUUUGUUCGACCAGUUUUUCGGAGAGGGUCUUCUCGAGUAUGAUCUUCUGCCUUUGUUCUCUUCCACUAUCAGCCCUUACUACAGGCAGUCUCUCUUCCGCAGCGUGCUGGAGUCAGGCAUUUCAGAGGUGAGAUCUGACCGGGAAAAAUUUACAAUCAUGCUGGAUGUAAAACACUUCUCUCCUGAAGACCUAAGUGUGAAGAUUAUUGAUGACUUUGUGGAAAUCCAUGGCAAGCACAAUGAAAGACAGGAUGACCACGGCUACAUCUCCCGUGAAUUCCACCGCCGGUACCGCCUGCCCUCCAACGUGGACCAGUCUGCCAUCACCUGCUCCCUGUCCAGCGACGGCAUGCUGACCUUCUCUGGCCCCAAGGUCCAAGCCAACAUGGACCCAAGCCACAGUGAGAGACCCAUCCCUGUGUCCCGGGAGGAGAAGCCCACCUCUGCGCCUUCCUCUUAGGCUGAACCUGUUGCUGAAAUAUGCAGGCUGUCAUGAUCUGCAGGCCUCAUUCCCAGAGCCGUUGUGUAGAUAUCAGUGAAUAUCUAGAGGGGUUUAUUUUCUUUUCUGGUUCAGUUUUUCUUUUCUU